GUAUACAACCUUUUCUUUUGUUUCACAGCCAAAGUCGCUCUCAAUCAUCAUAGCAAAGCAUGUGCCCACCUUCCGACCUUGCCAGUGCCGCCGUUCGAGAGACUGGUGGUGUACCCGACCACUAUCCCUUUGAGGCUUCCCUGGAUACACCGAUAUCGAAAGCUGCGUAUACACAUGCUGCAAGCAUUCUACACCCAUCCAUCCUCAAUCACAGCAUCAGGGUGUUCAAAUACGCAGACGAAAUAGCCAAACACACUAGUUCAAAGUACUUCACGGAUCCGCACCAGCGCGACCUACUAUUUACCGCAUGCCUGCUCCAUGAUAUCGGCACGACGCAAGAAUACAAUGGCCCGCAGCGAUUCGAAGUCGAAGGUGCGGAUGCAGCAGUCAAGCACCUCUCGCAUUUCGGUGUUAGUAAAGAGGAUGCGCACUGUGUAUGGACCGCCAUUGCAUGUCACACAUCUCCUGGCAUUGCAGAGCGGAUCGGCGAGCUCUCGAGAAUCGUGCGCAUAGCUGUAAUCACAGACUUUCGAAGGAUUGUUACAGAAUGGAGCAUGCUCGAAGCAAUGAGAGAGAGACUUGAAGCGCAGCACGAGCGAGUAGGGAUCGAGAAGGUGCUUGGAGAUGCAGUCGUUGAGCAGGCAAAGAUGGACCCUAGGAAGGCGCCCAAGGUUUCAUGGCCUCAUGCAAUGUAUGCGGCGUGGCUUGCUGACCCAGAUUGGGACGGUGUGAACAAAGCGUUUUGAAAAGGCUUGAUAGGUCGGCUGGGAUAGUGUCUUGUAUAUGUUUGGGUAUGUCGUAUGUUCAUAGCAUUCAUUGGCCGUGCAGCCAUGUUCGUGGCCUUCUUUUGGUGUCUUCAAAGAUUCACCCUCCAUCGCCUCUCUCCAAAAACCCUGGGUCUCUCUCAAUUUUCCCUUCAAACUUGGUCCACCACGCCUGGAAAGCCUUGAGUGGUACUGUAUCCCCCGUACCCCAGCUCGUCAAGAAGUCGUAGCAAUUCUUGAUGAUUCUCUGUGCGAGAA